ACUGCAGCUAGAAGUAUCAGCUUUAAAAAGGUACCAUCCAUGGCACCAUGGCCACAAGCGCUACGCCGCUACGGUGUCUUGCUGCUGCUGUCCUACGGCCUGCCCCGCGCGUUCUUCGCCUCCGGAGCCUGGCGUUCGGCCCUGCCGGAGGAUGGGCGGAGUGCAACGGAGGUGGUGCGAUUGCAGCUGACAGCCCUGCAGGAAAACAACCCCGAAAACGACGAUGGGAUUGCCAAGACCUUCGACUUCGCGUCCACCCGAAACAAAGCGGUGACGGGACCCCUACCCCGAUUCGCUCACAUGAUCCAUGCAGGUUAUCCUGUGCUCUUGAAUGCUCAAAACUUCACGUUGCUCUCAGCACUGCAGCUGGGUCCAACGGAGUAUGCAGUGCGAGUUGAAAUCCUUGGAAAUCUGCGGAUGGGCAGUCAGAAAGGCAUCUUUGUUUGGCAGCUCUCAAACUCUGGCGAUGGAACUGGCUGGCGGACGGAUGCCGUGAUGCCUGACGAGCAAACCUUCUACGGCUUUCAAGUGCAAGUGACCAAUGCGGCCAGCUACCUUCGCACCCAGCUCAACGCUUGGCGCUUGUGGACCUAUGUGAAGGCCACAGGCAACGGCGUGGAUGGCAGCUACGAAACCGCCCGGGUCAACGAGCGAGUCCCUGCCGGGCCAGACACCUCUUGGGGAAUGUAUCGCCAGAGCAUGGCAGCAGCGAACUUCGGGGUGUCCUUCUCCACAUCACGACCCACCACGGGUUCAGUGCCACCUGCUGACAUUACGGUCUUGCCCAUCAUCGCAAGCUUUCCCACCACUCAGGCUAUUCGAGUUACGGCCCCUGCUGGCUAUGAGUGGGAUUUUGAGCAGGUGGACUUCAGGUACCAGGCUCCCGGUGUCGGUGUGAACCCGCUGAAUGUGGUGGAAGGGGCAGAGGCCGGCACCUUUCCGAAGCGGAAAAGGGGCCGGGGUUGA